AUGGAUCUCACGGCGAUUGGUGCACUGGUCAGUUUUUUGACACGAGAAUAACUACAGUGAGGGACCUGAUCCAGUAGCAAAAAACGUACCAUUUUGCAUCCGGGAAGUAUCAAAAAUGUGGCGAAAAGCUUCCCUCUCCAAGUGAAAAAACUUCGUUUUGAAGGGUGCGCUUUUGAAAUCGGAGUUUUUUCACUUGGAGAGGGAGGUAUUUUGCUACAUUUUGUGAUACUUCCUGGAUGCAAAAUGAUAAGUUUUUUGCCACUGUAUCAGGUCCCCACUGUAGUAUUAUUUUUUCUUGCACUUCGAAAAAUAUUUUUCCAAGCUGCCUAACCUUGAUUUAAAUUUUGAAUAAGGGUUUUGGGGUUUUAGCAGAUUUUUUCGGGAGCAGCUCGAUUUUUUUUGAGUAUGUCCAGAGAAGUAAUUUGUAUUUUCAGUUGUGGCUCAAAUAUGAGUACGGCUUGGGUUUAAACAAUUUUGACGACGAGGAACUCACACCUCUAAAGUAAGUUUAAUCAAAAAAGAUUGGAAAAUUAUGCUUGCGAAACUGUCAUUUUUUUUGCAUUAAUUUUUCCCAUGCUGUUGCUUUCCUUCCGGUACAGAUUGAAAUAUUUUAGACAUCCCAGACGUGCUUCAGCUGAUGACGAGGAACUGGAGUCGUCAUUUGAUCUGCUGGUUUGCAUUGGCGUCGUUGUUGGGGUCAUGAUAUGUUUUAUCAACAUUUUUAUCAUCGCGAUGCGGUGGUUUUGUGUAUGUUUCAAGAAAAAUUUUGAAUGCACUGCAAUAAAAAUUUUUCGGGUUUGCAGAGUGAAAAAUGUUUUUUACCGCACUAUGCAACCAAAAGUCUGGCUUACUUUUGCACGGUGCAGUCAGAUUCUUAUUUUAUUUCGGGCUGAUGGCUAUUUGAUCCAAAUUUUUGGAUCCUCAUAGGCGUUCUACUGCACUUUUUUGAUUAAAUUUUGUUCUAGCGAUAUAAAAAGAAGCAAUUUGGAAGAGAAGUGGAGCAAAGGGCCAUCCGAGAAAUGGAGGUCAUGUACGGUUUGAUGGGGAAAAGGAAGGCGGCCCGGAGCACUGUCGAGGAGCGGGUUGAUGCGUACGUCAACGGGCUAAAUUUUUUUUUUUAUUUUAUUUUAUUUUUUUUUUUUUUUUUGAUAUUUUUUAGCUAGAAUUUUUUUUAUUUUUUUGUAUAAAAAAUUUGAUUUGGGGAGGGUAUGUUACCCCGAGAAUAGGUUACCCACCGGAUAGGUUACCCCAAAAAACACAUAACUCGGAGGAUAGGUUACCUCACCGGAUAGGUUACCCCAUGGAUAGGUUACCCCACCGGAUAGGUUACUCCACGGAUAGGUUACCUCUUACCAAAAAACGAAAAAAGUUUUUUUUUUUGAAAUGUUUUCGCUUCGGGAGUUUAAAAAGAAGGAUUUUUUUGUGAAAAUUGAAAAAAAAAUUUAAAUGUUUUCGCUUCGGGAGUUUAAUAAGAAGGAUUUUUUGUGAAAAUUGAAUAAAAUUUGAAAUGUUUUUGCUUCGGGACUUGGAAAAAAAGGAUUUUUCGUGGAAUUUGGAUAAAAUUUGAAAUGUUUUCGCUUCGGGACUUGGAAAAAAAAGGUUUUUUUGUGAAAUUUGAAUAAAAUUUGAAAUUUUUUCGAGCUGACUGAGUAUGAACUGACUGAAUAUGAAAACUGGGUUUCUGUUACUUUACUACCUUUAGGGAUUCUUUUUGAAAUUUGUUCGACUUAUAACACUUUUAGACGUUAAUGGUGUUGUUUUGGUGCCUAGUACUGCUUAAAAAACACAUUUUUAACACUUGGUACUAAAUAGUACUACCUGGUACUAUUUAGUACGAGGUGCAAAUUUGGCCGUAAGGCCAAAUUGUGCUGGCGGCACCACAGUUAAUAUUCAGUCAGACACCCUUUUUCUACUCCCGAUGCGAAAAGAUUUCAAAAUUUUGAUGAAUUUUCCAAAAAAUUCUUUUUUCCCCAGUCCCGAAGCGAAAACAUUUGAAAAUUUUUUCAAAUUUCACAAAAAACCCUUUUUUCCAAGUCCCGAAGCGAAAACAUUUCAAAAUUUUUUCAAAUUUCACAAAAAAUCCUUUUUUUCCAAGUCCCGAAGCGAAAACAUUUCAAAAUUUUUUCAAAUUUCACAAAAAAUCCUUUUUUUCCAAGUCCCGAAGCGAAAACAUUUCAAAAAAAAUUUUUUUUUUUCAGGUAACCUAUCCUCGGGGUAACCUAUCCUCCGAGGUUACCUAUCCGAAACUUGGGGUAACCUAUCCGGUGGGGUAACCUAUCCGCUGGGGUAACCUAUUUGUUAGGGGUAACCUAUCCUCCGAGAACGAAAAAAUUUUCGUCAAUUUUAGGAAAGUUCUCGUCGAUACUGAGCUGGACGACCUGUCGAUUGAGUCCGUGACGCCGGAGAACUCUGUUUGGGAGGAGAAAUUUCAGAUCCGAGUGCCCAAAACCCUCAAAAAGAAGGACAAUCCACCGGCGAUCGUGGAUCCCGACGAAGAACUCUUGGGCGCGGAGGGGGAGCGCAAGAAGGGCGGAGAGGAUGCUGAUAAGAGGAAGGAGAAAAGGGACGGGACAGAUGCAUUCGAAAGGAUGUGGGGAUUGGAGGUAGCGGAUUCGAAGGAAACGGCUUCGAAAGAAAGGGAUUCACAGAUAAAGCCUUCGAAAGAAAAGGAUUCAAAGGACACGGCUUCGAAGGAAACGGAUUCAAAGGAAACGGCUUCGAAAUUAAAGGAUUCGAAAACUGAUUCCAAGCAGAAACCGGCCGAAAAGAAGAAGAAAUCGCACGAAAAGCGCAAAAAACGCCGAAGGAAGAGGGGAAACCCGAUGAUUUACAAAAUGGUGGACCGAAUGGGCGAUGGAUCGUUCGGAGUUUUGUACCGCUUCAAGUGCAAGGACACCAAAUUUGCCGUGAAGUUUGUGCCAACCGCCGAUCCCAAGGCAAUGAGGAAAGCCAGAACUGUGUAUGCCAACUUCAAAAGGAUCCAUUGCCGAGAAAAAAGGUAGGGUUUUGAGUGGUUUUGCGUUGAUUGCACGCAUGCGCGAAUGUUCAGAGAGCUGAUCAUGCACUUUGUCGAUAUUGGCCGCACUUUGGACACAACCUACUUGAUCAUGCCGUGCCUUGGAAGAAGCAUGGACACGAAGAAGAUUGAAGGAAUGGAACUCAAGAAAAAAUUCAUCCUCAUCUACCAUUACCUUCGCCCGAUUGCUCAGCUCCAAUCCGUCGAGAUUGCUCAUUUGAAUGUGAAGCCGAAAAAUUAUUUGAAUCGGCCGGGAACUCCUCAUGUAAGUUUUGAAAUUUGAGCUGUCUUCACUGGUUUUUUUUGGAGUAUUUACCGUAAAAAAAUUAAGGAAAUAAACUGUUUAAUGAUUUUUUUCCAAUUUUUUUUCUUCCCUCAAAAUUUGUGAGUAUAAAAAAUACAGUGACGGACCUGAUCCAGUGGCAUAAAACGUACCAUUUUGCAUCCGGGAAGUAUCAAAAAAUGUGGAAAAAUACCUCCCUCUCCAAGUGAAAAAACUCCGUUUUGAAGGGCGCGCUUUUGGAAUCGGAGAUUUUUCACUUGGAGAGGGAGGCGUUUUGCUACAUUUUUUGAUACUUCCCGAAUGCAAAAUGAUACGUUUUUGCCACUGGAUCAGGUCCGUCACUGUAUUUUUUUUAGCUCGUCCUCACCGACCUGGGAUUGGCUCGCCGCUACGGCUACCGCCGAAAGACCGUUCUGGGAGCGCCGGCCUACCUCUCGAUCCCCGCCCAUCGCUGCGAGCCGGUCAGCAUGGUGGAUGACAUGCAGUCGUGGUUCAUAAUUUGCACAGAACUCCUGGAAUACCCACUGCCGUGGAGCGACGUCGCCGAUACCGGAGAGCACGGCUACAGGAAGACGCUGGAGAUUAAGGAACGAACCCUGAGUUUGAUGAGCCGGUCCCCGAAGCAUGGCGCGUUUUUGACCGAUUUGAGGAAGGAGAUCUGGGACAAGGGAGCCAGAGACACCAUUAAUAUGGAGAGAGUCGCUGCUCUAGUGGAGGAUGUGAGUUUGUCGAUUUUUUUUGAUUUUUGAAUUUUUUGACGGAAAAUGGGAAAAUUUGAGAAAAUUGAAUUUGCAAGAAAUUGAUUUUUUUUUUGAGAUUUUUCUGAUUUUUUUUCGAAAAAAUUGGAAAAUAAAAUUUUUUUUGGCUUUCCAAAAUGAUUUUUUUUAAAUUCGUCCUGAUUUCAGCUCCAAACCAUUUACCAGUUCCGCUCCACCGAUGCAUGGGAAUAG